AUGCAGCACCAGAUCGCGCAAGCCUACACCGAGAUCGCCGCCGCACGCGCUCUCGUCUUCAACGCCGCCCGCAAGAAGGAGGCCGGUCAGGACUUUGUGCAGGACGCUGCCAUGGCCAAGCUCUACGCUUCCCAGGUCGCUGGCCGCGUCGCCGGCUCUGCAGUCGAGUGGAUGGGCGGCAUGGGCUUUGUCCGCGAGGGUAUUGCUGAGAAGAUGUUCCGGGAUAGCAAGAUUGGCGCAAUCUACGAGGGUACCAGUAAUAUUCAGCUGCAGACGAUUGCGAAGCUGCUGCAAAAGCAGUAUACGCGUUGA